AUGUUCACUGAAAGCAGGAAGCCAACUCCAGCAAGCACCUGUCUGGGUCCGGAGGCUGAGUUCAGUCUGAGGGAAAGAGAUGUACCUGAAGGACUUCAUGUGGUGGUACUGACGAAGGACAGGAGGUUUGCCUUGUCUCUAACUAAGGAUGAGUGGGUGCUGGACGUUCAGGUGGACACAAGAAACAAACAGCUACUGGUGGUGUGCAAGACGGCCCUCAGGGUGCUCAACUAUGUGAGAAAUCAACAGACUCACUACAUGUCCAACAAACACACUGGAUCCAUGAAAUGCUGUUGUGUCUACAACCACGGGGAGUAUCUGAUAACGGGGAGUCAAGAUGGCAGCAUCAAGGUGUGGAAUGCUGUGGUGUUCACACAGGUGCACACGUUCUCCGGCCACCAUGGGGCCAUCACAGCCUUGCAGACCCACAGAACUGACCCACUCUUGUUCUCCAGUUCUAUGGACGGUUCUGUUCAAAUCUGGAGGAUGGACAACUUCAAGCGGUUCAUGAGACUUGACCUGGGGGAGCCAGUCUUCACCAUAGAGCUCCUGGGUGAAACGCGAUUGUUCUGUCAGCUUCAGAAAGAAAUGAAGCUGUACAACUUGAACCAGUUCUUCAGUCUGUUUGCGCCGGUGGAGUCCACAGUUCACUUCCUGCACCGCAUCCCGGGGCUCCGAGGAAAACCCUCGCGAAUCUUGGCAUCAUGCCAGGAUGGCAGUGUGCGGUUCUUCUCCCCUGUCAAUGGCCUGACUAUCACCAUUGUCUACCCGAUGCCCACCUUCCAGGUGUUGAGGUGUUUUGUGUACAAUGUGAUGGACGACCUCCUGUACACCUUGCUGCUGGAUGGGGAAGUGCUGGUCCUAGAGUGUUCCAGCAACCCGUGUCGGGCCGUGAGGAUCCUCAGACCGGAGGCGCAGCCCAGUGAAGUGUUGGACCUGGCACUCGUCCAAGUGACAAUCUGUGGUAUCAUGGAGGCCCUUGUGUUUGGAGGUCUUAGAAAUGGACAGAUCUGUCUGCUUGAUGCCAGACACUAUCACAUGCCGGCAUCCACUCAGGCUCACCACGGCCGUGUCACAUGUCUGGAGGCGUGUCCAAACAUAGCCCACAAUGCUCUGGGGCUGGCUAGGGACCAUGCAUAUAUCCUGUCCGGGGGCACAGACUACCUUGUCCGUCUGUGGAGGGUUGACGAUCAGGCUGACAUCAUCCGCCUCAGCCUUGUACAACAGUUUGAGUUCAGCAGCGCCCUCACCAAGCUGGUCCUGUCACUGGAUGUAAUGUGUGCCACCUUCAAAGCCAAUCCCAGUAUACUGCAGAUGUACCAGAUCAACAAGUGCGUCAAUCGGCAACACAUGGAAACAACGCUUCAGUUGGUGCCAAAGUACCAUUCACCGGACUAUGACCACACGGGAGAGAUCUCCGCCAUUGACCAGUGUCCAGCUCUGCAGAUAUUUGUCACUGCCAGCUCGGAUGGCUCAGUCAAGAUUUGGGACUUUGAAAACACCCUGAUCCGGGAACUUGGCUUUGGGAAGCCACUGAACGGGGUCUGUUUCGCCAACUGCAGAGGAGACAUCCUCAUUGGUUUCGAGAACCAUGUGGUAUCAGUGCCCAUAUUGAAUUAUCUCCCCUUGGACAAACUGGAGCUUGUGGCUGGGCUAAUGUUUAAGGAUGACAAGAGGGAAUCUCCCCUGACCUACAACCAUCUGGCCCAACCCUGGUUUGACCCGAGGAUGAUGGCACGAGACUACCUGCAGCUGGAGAAGAGGUUGAUCUUUGGUCAGCAGGCACGGACAGCGGACGGAUCUGGGAAUAGCAGGGCAGUGGAGGAGGUGGUGCAGACUGUCCUGGGGGGAGGGGGGAGGUUCCAGAUGGUCGAUGGCACCAUGAAGAUCGUGGUUACAGAAGAUUCCAAGUUUGCUGAACAGAUCAGGAAAAAAACUAUCCUCCACCAGCUGUCUCUGUCAGUGCAUGAGCCGAGGAAACAUCUACGUGCGGUCACAGUCUUGAAAGCGGCUGUCAUGGAUGCAGGGAGGAAGAGGAUGAGGAAGAUAGGGGAGCUGAUGGUGGAAGAGGAUGAUGAAGGCAUCGGGGAGGAACUGGAUGAGGAGGCUAAGGUGAUCCAGGUGUAUGACCCAUAUCUUGGCUUAACGGCACUGGAGAGAGAACUGCUGGAACGGAAGCCUAUCAUAGCCCCAGACGGUUACAUCCCUAAUUCUGUGAUACGAAAAAUUCUGGGACAGGGUCGUGCCUUUGACCAACAAACUCCGUCACCAUGGAAACCAAGACGGGUGCCGAGAGCUGAUCCACGCCACCUGCCCCCAGGGUGGGAGGCGAGACUCCGUGCAUAUGAGGAGGAGAUGGAGGCAGGGAGUCAGCGGUCUGUGUCAUCGUUCGGGUCAGGGAAGACGUUCGUGUGGGAUGAUAAUGAUGAUGACGAGGGGGAGAAUGAGUCGAAAACCACGCGGUCCCCGACAUACACCAGCUCCCCCGCCCCCUCCCUCACCAGCCACGCCUCCAAGAUCCACGUCAAGCCUGCUGCAGGAGAGUAUACACACAAGCCUGCAAGCUAUGGCAAACGUCCUCCCUCACCAAAGCCAGACAAACCUUCCAGCAAGGUGGCGCCGGAAGUCUUGGCAGCACCAGAAGUUGUCAAACAGAGGUCAAUUCCCAGACACAUUUCACCAGUGGAAGAGACCCAGGUUCCAACACAGUCUGGAGACACAGCGAAGAAGGAGAAGGACACGCCGAAACGCAAGCCCGUGGUGGCGGUCGACAUGGACCUGCUGCGGCGCCUCCUGGCAGAGGAUUGGUUCCCAAGUGACACUCCACUGGAAGUCAGCCCCGCAGUCCAAAAACUCCUUGAGAUGCUCGCAGCGUUCGGGAAGACACCUGCUGUCCAUGGCAAGAUCUGCGACUACAUCGUUGCUCUACAUGAGGAAACUCCGAUGACGAAGCCGAUGAUAAAGAAGUUCCAAGAGUGUCUUCUGGACCAGCUGACAUGUGAGAUGAGCGAGAUCCGCUCGGACUGUGUCCGUACCCUCCGUGAUCUCGGCAUGGACUCCAACGACAUCAUCACCGCCAUCCUCCCCAAAAUCGUGGAUCCAUCACGCAACGUCCGACAAGAGGCUGUCAUCGCUCUGGUGGAACUGACUGGUGUGAAGGACAAGGAGAGUCUUGCUGACCUCCUCCACAGGCUGGGGGUCACACGGCCCCUGAUGUCAACCGAGGAUGAGGAAAAUGCCCUGAAGAUUUUGCGGGACAAGAUUGGCCUGACGAAGCAGCAGAGUGUCACUGUGAUAGAAAGUUUCCACGACUGGGUGAGCGACUGGGUCAACAGUACCAUCCCCGGGGUGUUUGAGGGGGAGGAAUACUUGACCAUGAGGGAUGGAGAGGAGGAAGCGGGCGUGGCCAAGAGAUUGAAGAUUGUGUCCCCUGAUAGUGAGGAGCAAGACAGCUCUCUUGAGAUGAAAAGAGGGGAUAGCACAUCUUCACAACGGCGGGAAGCUUUCUCCAAAAGGCGUCCAAGCAGAUCCGUAAAACCUGGAGGCAAGAGUUCCUCCGCGGUGGAGGAGAAGAAGCCAGAUGUUACAGAGGAACCCGCUCAGACCCGGCACAUGCCACGGCAAGGGAGACAACCCACCAAAGCAUCAGAUCAAUUGUCAGGAGGAAGAAAGCCUAUGCGUGCCCAGUCCCCCGUGUACCAGAUCCGGAACACUCCAGAACCCGAUGCCUUCAUUCAGGACAAGAAACGGGGCAGCUGGACGUCUGAGACCACGGUCCUGCUUCGGGUGGAGUCAAGAUUCCGUCCCAAGGGAGGUUCUGGAAGCUCAUACCCGGAGCCCCAUACUGAAGGAUCAGGAAGGAGUCGCGCCGCCGCCACGGACAGUGGUAGAGCCACCCUCAAAGGUCAAGGUCGUUCCGAGCAGCGGGAUUCCGGGCAGGUGCUCAGUAAGCGCCUGAUAGAGUACGCCAGAAUGAGUUCGGACAAAGACUCCGACCUUCACUCUCUGUCAAUGUCUGCCGACUCGGACCAUCAGGACAUCGUCAUUCCAACUGAGAUCUCCCAACAAACGGAGAUUCACUCCCAGGAGGGGGUCAGCUUCUACGACUCCGGCAUCGGCAGGGACAUCUCAGACUCCUCCUCCCAGGGCAACCGCAUCGGCCCGGUGGCGUCAUACAAGAAGAAAGUCAAGCAGCGGCAGCUGUCACCAGUGAAGUCAUCAUCCAAUGGACCGUCUCCGCCUCCUAAGAAAGGGAAAGACUGGAAGGAAUUUUUUGAGACUCCCACUGCCAUGGAGAGGCGCAGGAUGGGCAUGGUGAAGAAGGACUUUGAGGAGGGCAACAUGAAGAAGAUGUCCAGCCUGCCACCAAUCUCCUACAUCAGCUCAGACCUCCCCACAUCCCCGGGGGAAGCCGGACUCCGAUUGCUGCACACAGUCCGGGUGGCGGAGAAGGACAAGUCGGACUCAGAGAAACACAAGGUGGAGGCAGUGCCUGGGCGACUCAGUGUCCACACACAGAACGUAGACUCUGGCAGAAGUAACUUCGGUGUCCUCCAGAUGCAGUGGACAACCAACGUUCCCAUCAUCCCUGUGUCCGGCUCUCGCCAUCGCAGGAACAAGCCUAGUCACAUGACAAGGUCACAUGACCCUGACCUGACCCUGCCUCCUCUGGACAAGUCCGGGAACAUCCUCCACAAACCACACAUCCCUCACAUGGACGAGGUUGGCACCAGGUUCCCCAUGGUUCAGUCAGCCUUUGAGAAUGACUACGUCUGGGAGAAGCCCAUGCCACCUCCGCCCAUCACCAAGUCUCGCACAGUGAUCUCCCCUGUCCGUAAGAUGGCGCAAGACCACAUGUGUCGCCAUUACAAGCUCGCCAAGAAGAAACUGCAUCACUAUAUAUCUGACAAGUCUCCAAGUCACUUCCCAUACGCAGCUAAGAGAUCCAGUGUCCAUGGCCUUCACCUUCCCAAACUCAACCAUUCUAAACCUACCCAUCAUGCAACGUUGCCACCCCUUCAGCUGCGGACGCUCAUCAAUUGUAUCAGAGUGGAUACCUAGUCUGUUGCAGACCCGCUACAGUUUGUUACAGACCUGCUACAGCUUGUUGCAGACCCACUACAGCUUGUUGCAGACCCACUACAGUUUGUUACAGACCCACUCCAGCCUGCUACAGCUUGUUGCAGACUCACUACAGUUUGUUACAGACCUGCUAUAGCUUGUUGCAGACCUGCUAUAGCUUGUUGCAGACCCACUACAGCUUGUUGCAGACCCACUACAGUUUGUUACAGACCUGCUACAGCUUGUUGCAGACCCACUACAGCUUGUUGCAGACCCACUACAGUUUGUUACAGACCUGCUACAGCUUGUUGCAGACCCACUACAGUUUGUUACAGACCCACUACAGCUUGCUACAGCUUGUGUUACCAGCCUGUUUACCAUACUAGCCUUGUUAUUACAGACUGGCCUCACAAUACAGGCUUGCCUUCAUUUUUCAUAUGAUGUUUCCUCCAGCAGAAUUUUGUAUAACCUCAAUUUUCAUAUUUGUUUUAUUAUUUUCAUAUAAUUAGAAAAAAAUCAAAAUUUAUCACGCACCUGAUGAAGUCUUUUCGAGUUUAUAGAUGUAUUAUGAUGAAUUUUACUAUUUGUGUUGUAUGGAUUAUUGUUUUUACUCAUUUGAUUGCAAACAACAAUUUAUAGCCCAAUCAAUGUAAAGGAAGUGUUAUAAAAUCAUUAGUACGACCCUGUGUCUUGGUGAGACCGGAGCAGUAGGGAGGGAGGGUCUGUAUGUCCACUAAGACAAACAACAUGCAAGGCGUCAUGGGAGACGAGUGCCUUAUGCUGGGCUUUAAGACUGAUAUUUCAAUGCUGUAAAUAUGUAUAUGAAUAAUUUAUACACUGUAAUUCGAACAAGGAAGUAAUUGCUAUUUUUUCUCCAGGUUUUGAGAUUAAACUUCUUUUAUAAUUGUUGAGAGGACAAAUAAUGCUUAUUUCAGAAUUAUUUGGGAUAUAUCAUGAUUAUGUUUUGAUUACUUGAGAUAAAUAAUAAUUAUUUCUCACUGGUUUGAGAUUAAUCAUGAUUACUUCUCAGUGAUUUGAGACACAUUAUGACAGAAAUUAACAUUUUGUGUUUUAAAAUACAGUCUAGUACUGGGCCCUAAUCAAGUUUUCAAUACUUUUGAAAAUUGUUAACAUGUUCAAAGUCAUAUCAAGAUACUCAUAUUUCGCCUGUUUCGCUAUGAUAGAUUGAUAUGACAUAAGUUGUGUUCACUACUUUAAUCAAAGAAUGACAUAAUUCUUAAAUCCGGAUAAUACAUUGGUAUAAUCACCAGCUAAAUUUCAAACUUAUAUUUUCUUCAACAUAUAAAGUACUCUGAAGAUAUUAUGAUUGGUAAUGUUCACAAUAUUACAACCAAGUAUGUAUACGUAACAAGUAUUAUCCUCUGUUAGUCACAACAUUGUGCAAUACAUUUACUGCUGCUGAUCUCAGGGUCUGGGCUCCCGAUACAGUCUACACCAGAGAAAACUUUCACCAACUGGCUCAUGGAAAACAAGAAGUCCUUAACAAUAUAUUUGUACAAUACAAUACAUUUGAUACAAUACAAUAUAUUUGAUUGAUUUUACACCUUUAUUUAAACAUGCUGGAUCAAAAAUCACUGAUUAACUGGCUAUUCCAAAGUUGUCUUACCAACAAUUUCUUUUUUAAUCUUCCAGUUCCAAGUUCCAGAUUUAGGUAGAUCGUUAAUACCAUGUUAAAAUAUUUCUUAAGGACUUGACCUAAAUUUGAAAUGACAAGCAGGUCAUCAGUAGUCCAUGCUGUGUCUCCAUGGUAACAAACAGUUGCUGUGGAGCUGAACCUUGAUAUAAGCUUCACAUUCUCAGUACAAAAGAUGUCUAUAUACGCCUCUGAUAUGGAAACUGGUGUUCUAUUUUCCUUUGUCCUAUACUUGCCUCUGUGAAAGAGAGUCAACAUCGGGUCACACAGAUAUGGCUUGAUGUGUACAAAGCUGUGAUAUUGUUGUUAUCUGUGAUAGAUCAAGGUAUUAAAUAUUGCUCUUUGCAGUGAUCA